UAAAAAUUAUAGUUGUAAAAAGUUUGAUCCAUUGAUAUUUCAUUGCUAUUCGUUAAUUUGAAAAUCGAUUGUCGAUUAACAAACCUAUCCCAAACCUGAAACUGCCGAUAUGCUACUAUGUUAGUCAUGCAGCUUACGAACACCAGUUAAUGCAACGGACACGUUAAUGCACGUUGGGCACCGAUAAUUCUUAAAGUUAUAGAACGAAAUGGCACCCCGUAAAACUGCAAAACAUUCAGACACAGAGGUUGUAGAUAGAGCUGCGGAAGCAGGCAAUAUAUUGCCUCCGAAGAGAAAAAAAGCCGUUGCUAAAACUGUGAAUAAAAGCGAUGAAGAGAAGCAAAUUAGAUUGCCAAGAGCUGCAAAAUUAACGAAAACCGAGCAGUCAGAAACAGCAGAUCUAACUUCGGUCAUAACUGAAAACGCAAAAACAAAAACCAAGACCUCGUUGCUUGGUAAAAAUGUUUCAGAGCUUGCAAAAUCGAAUUCAAAAGUUAAGAUUACAGCAAAGAAGAAUAAAGGAGCUGCAGAAAAAACUGAUACAAGUUCUGUAAAUUUGGAGAAUGUGGAAAAUCCAGAGAAAACUGAGAUGAAAAAGACACGUACUAAACCUGCAACGAAAAAGGCGGGAAUCGAUGUGGACGACGAAUCCAAGAUAAAAUCAAAAGGAAAAACCAAAAAAGGAAUCGCCAGUGAAGGUACUGAAAAUUUAGAAGUACCAGUUACAAAAAGGAAAAAGCAAGCAAAUACUGAGGCAAUAUCAAAAGAAAGUAAAGCAAAAGCAGUGAAAAAGGAAAUUGAUACAAAUACUGAUAUAAAAGAUAAAAAUGCGAAUAAAGGUACCAAAAAAGCUAAAAUUUCUUCUAGUAAUGAGAUUAAAAACAAUGUUAAAACAGAAGAAUCCAUAGCAACUAUAAAGGCAAAUAAGAAAUCAAAUGAUGAUAAGUCUUCAAAAGUAACAGUAGCAAGGAAAACAAGAGGUCGUAAAAAUGAACCUAAUUCAGAAGAUAUUUCAAAAGAUGAUAAAGAUUCAAAAACAGAAGAAUUGUCAUCUUCAGAACCAGAACAUACCAAUAGUAAUGAAAGUCAAGAUGUUCAAAAUAAUCAACCAGAAACAGCAGAAACAACUCAAACUUCCAAAAAGGGAAGAAAUGUAAAAAAAAAGGAGGUACCUCAAAAAAAAGCUACUAAAAUGCGUGGGAAAACUGUUAAUCGUAAUGCUGAUAUUGCUUCUAAUGAAAAUGAUGCUGUUAAAGAAACACAAAAAAAAAUAAAUAAAGAUUCAGUACCUACUACAAAAAGAGGUCGAGGGAAGAAAGGGAUUAUUAUAACCACUGGAAAAGACGAAAAUACAGAAAAUACUUCGGAAAAUGCACCGAUAGAAGAGAAAAAAGUAUUACAUUUGUCAGAAACAUUAACUAGUAGUAACAACGUGCAAAAAUCGUCAGACGAAGAUAAUGAUAAAAAACAGGAUUUAAAGAAAGAAGAAACAAAGAAUACCAAAACAUUGGGGACACUUAAAAAGACAGAUGAGGCAAAUAUGAUUAAAAUCGAAAUAAAUGAAAAUAAUGUUAUAAAUACAUCGAUACAUGAAGAUGAAAAUUAA